CCCUGUAAAAAGCAGCAUAGAGGAAGUGCAGUGGUAAACACGUUUGAACCAUAGACUUUAUUGAACUGUGGUUGUUUGUGUGGAGCUGAUUUACAGCUGCAGGUGUGAACGUGUCUUUCACAGACACAAUGGAGAGAAGCGGGGGGACCGCUUCCGCCAUUAAAGCUUUAGGGUACCCGGGCAGCUGCUGCCGGACUCGGUGUGAGUGCGACGAGCUCCCGUGCCCGCUGCUCAGCUGGUUGUCUGCGGAGCUGAGGAGGGUCUGUCCGGAGCUGAGGGACUCAGUUGGAACGGGCAAUGUGUUGCUGGUGGGCGAGCUGAGAACUUUACUAUCCGGCAUGUUCUCUCCUCUCACUGUGCUGAUGUCAGAGGUGCUGGAUCCAACUGUCCUCAACAAAGUCACUGAAUUCCUUGUAUCAGAACUGCAAGCAGCUCACAUGAUCAAGCAUCAGGAAUUACAUCAUGAGGAGAAGACAACAGGAGACGAGUCUGAAAAAGAGCAGCGAGUUGUAGAUCACAGCCAUGAAGACGAAGAUGAGGAAGAAGAAGAUUAUUCUGACAAAGAGAGGAGGAAGGCUGAGAUGCAGGCGGAGUGGAUAUUAGUGUUGCAUGCACUUAACAUGGACGCCUCUUCCCAAUUUGAGGAUGUGUUGAGUGAAGUGGAGUCCAGGCUCGCUCGUCUACCAGGUGGAGCCAUGAUGGACCCUCUGCUUAACACCAACCUCCGCUCAGAGCAGUGGAUUCAAGUUAAAAAGAUCAGUCAAGUCAUGUCAAAGGAUUAUCAACGUCGCUGGCAGAUGAUGACCAAACGCUUUCAGGUCACACUCGAGUCCUUUGGCUGGGGAGAAAAACAAAAGGAGCGCAGAGAAGCGCUUGCCUCGGUGCCUCCUCUUGAGUCCCUCACCCGCUCCUCCCGAGUGUCUCUGUCUCUUCUGCUUGCUGCCAGAGAGGAUCAGUCCUUCAUUGAGCCGAUCAAAGCUGGAAAAAGCACUGCCGUGUACAAGAUACGGAUGGGCAGUGUACCCGACAGAGGAGGACGACCGGGGGAAAUUGAGCCGCCUAUGCCAGUGUGGGGAGAGCGAAGCGCGAAAGGGAACCGAGGGGGUCGAGGAGGUGGACACCAUCAUCGGCGUAAAUUUCCAGAUAAGAAGAAAGGGAAAAACCUGUAACAUGUCUUUGUCUUUAGUUUUGCUGCUCAAAUGAAGGAAUAAGUGAUCAUUUUCCUUUAUUUAAAUACUUCAAAUAAAAUGUGGCCAUGGAUCGCCACAUGGGAUUUAAUUUUAUAGUUAUAAUUGUGUGUAUACUUUUUAGUUAUAACACAUAAACAUACCUGACAUGUACAUUUCUAAAAGAGCUUGUCAUUGCUGUAAUGUACUGGUAUGGAAAAAUAUAUUUUUGUUCUGUUUAUCAAAGAAUAAAAUAAAACUAACAUGUUCUUUUACAUGUUGGCUUUGCACAUUUA